UGGUCAUGAAUCCCAACGGUCGAUUUUCCACCGCUUAUAAAAUGGAGUAAUCGUUAAUUUAAGCAAUAGUACUUUGUUUAUCUCGAAAAAUGGAUCUGUCUCGAUUACUCUUUGUGCUUACAAUCUCGGUGGCAGUAGCCAGUUCCCUCCAAGCCCAGGAUGAGGGAGCAGCGGUGGCGGUGAGGCAGCUAUGGUGCGUGGCGAAGAACAACGCUGAGGACGCAGCCUUGCAGUCGGCCCUUGACUGGGCUUGUGGGCCAGGCGGGGCGAACUGCGGGCCCAUACAAAAUGGUGGGCCCUGCUACGACGCGUCCGACGUGGCCCGAAUGGCCUCCUUCGCCUUCAAUGACUACUACGUCAAGAAUCACAACUCCGGCGACGACGCCUGCAGCUUUAGCAACACUGCUGCCCUUACUGACCUCAACCCAAGCCACGGAAAUUGCAAAUUCACCUCUAGGUCAGGCGCAAGUAGUAGUGGGAACUUUAGUGGAGCAGUGUCGGAUACUGCUGACUUAAGCAGUAGUAAUUCCAUUUCCAUAGUUGGAUGUCGGUGGUUGUUGGAUCCGCUUUCAGUUCUCAUCUUCUUCUUUAUAUUCGUGCAACGCCUUGUUUAGGAUGACGUCACGCCGCCUUAUUUAUAAUUUGUGGAAUUCUAAUUAGUUAAGUCCAACUCCGCUCAUUGUAUUUUAGUUAAUUUGUUUAUUAAUCAAAGUUUGAGUAAUGUGAUUGAUCUA